AUGGACCCGAGCCGUAAUACAAACUCCGCUUCACUCUCCACUUCAUUCCUCUUCCUUCUCCUCAUCACCUCCCCAACCAUCAUUUCCUCUUCACCUUCCCUCAACUAUCACAACACCUUCUUCCCAACCUCUCCCUCCCAACCCCACCACGAACCCGAAUCCGACCCUACCACUAUGACCCUAUCCAUGCCCCUCCUCCACGUCGACAGUCUCCACCCCGCCAAGUCCUCUCUGACCCCCACCCAACUACUCAGACUCCGCCUCCGCCGCGACAUCCUCCGGGCCGAGGCCCACAAACACCUACGCGGCCCGGCCCAAUUCAACAGCUCCAUCUACUCCGGCAUCCUCCAGGGGAGCGGCGAGUUCUUCACGCGCCUCAUGGUCGGCACCCCACCCCAGCUCGCCCAGUUCGUGGUCGACACUGGGAGCGACCUCACCUGGCUCCAGUGCAUGCCCUGUCGCGACUGCUUCAGGCAGUCCGACCCAGUUUACGACCCGACCCAAUCCGAGUCCUUCAAACUCGUCCCCUGCGACUCCAAGCUCUGCCACGCGCACCGCUGCAGAUCAAAAGACAGCUGCCAUUACAAUGUCGAAUACGGGGACUACUCCUACACCAAGGGUGAGCUGGCGACCGAGACCCUGACCUUCCGGACCACGCGGCUUGCCCGCGUGGCCCUCGGCUGCGGCCAAGAGAACCGCGGGUUCUUCUCUGGGGCCGGCGGGUUACUGGGCCUGGGCAGGGGGAGACUGUCCCUGCCGGCUCAGAAGGGCCGCCUCUUCAACCGGACCUUCUCGUACUGCCUCGUGAACCGGUACGCUACCAAUGGCUCGUCGUGGCUCAUGUUCGGGAAUCCUGCAGUGUCAGUGAACGCCGUCUACACGCCUUUGGUGAAAGGCAGAGGCGAGAAUAUGAUCACGUUCUACACAGUCCGGUUGAUCGGGAUCUCGGUGGGAGGCAAGGCCGUGGGGCUGCCGGAGGCCGCGGCCGAGAAGGAGGUGAUUGUGGAUUCGGGCACGCCUAUAAGCCGGCUGAGUCAAGGGAUGUACGAUGCCGUGAGGGACGCUUUCAAGGAAGAGAACAAGAAUUUGAUCCCGGCGGACUCGCCGAUGCCGGAGCUUUUCGACACGUGUUACAGUAUAAGAGAGGGGGAUGAAGUCUCGACUGUGACGUUGCAGUUCGAGGGAGGGGCAUUUAUGGAAUUGCCGAAGACCAAUUGCUUGGUUCCUCUGGAUGAGGAGGGGACGUACUGCUUUGCCUUUGCGGGGGUCACGGACGGGCCAGGCAUACUCGGGAAUACUCAGCAGCAGGGCUUUCGGGUCGUGUUUGAUCUCGAGGGUGAACAGGUGGGGUUCGCUCCUGAUAGCUGUGUGAAGCCCACCUAA